AUGGCUCGCAGUAUAAUCAAAUUGGGCGCUCUAGAGGCUCAGAAGACAGCCUUCCUUUUAUGCGACGUCCAAGAAAAAUUCCGACCGCACAUAAAGCACUUUGACGAAGUUGUUAAAGUUGCGAAUAAAAUGGUGGAAGCAGCAAAACAUUUCAAAAUACCGGUUUACGUAUCUGAACAAUACCCUCAAGGUCUUGGGCAUACAACUAAGGACAUAAAUGUUGACGACGCCGCACUAGUCUAUGAGAAAACCAAAUUCUCAAUGUUUACACCAGAACUGGAGGAACGCUUGAAGAAAGAUGUCCCUGGGUUGAAUUCAAUAGUUUUGUUUGGUAUUGAGGCUCAUGUUUGUAUUGAACAGACAGUCAUAGACCUACUUAGUCAAGACUUAACAGUCCAUAUCCUCGCAGAUGGAGUAUCAUCUAGGUCUUUAAUGGACAGAAACCUAGCACUACAGCGCCUUCAAUCCAUUGGUUGCUUCGUUGGUACAUCAGAGAAUGUCCUCUUUAAGUUAAUGCGAGACAAGAACCACCCAGCCUUUAAAGCUAUUUCCAAACUAAACACUACACCAACAUCUGACGAAUUUGGUGUUAAGCCUAUCAAGUCGGUAUUGUAG